AUGGCACUGGUGAUGUUGAUAGCUCAAGCCGUGACAAACGCAAAGGGCCUUUCAUCAACAGAUGAUGAAUUCGCCAUGGCUUCUCCAGUGACAAUUGGUGUACGCCAAUCAUUUGUUGAGGAGAAGAGGUCUACGAACACUCGAGGAAAUGCCAAGGGGAGAUUUCAAUCUGGAAGGGGUUCUGGAUUCAGAAAUGAGGGAGUAAGAGGACGUGGGAACUACGGAGGUGGAAGGGGUUACGGCAGGGGUGAUUUCAAUGGCAGGGGCGAGUUUGGUGGCAGGGGUGGAAGGUCCUCAAAUCGUGACGGAUAUCAGAGGUCUGAAAACAUGAGCAGCAAUGGAGGCGGAGCAGCAGCAGGAGAGAUGGAGGCGAUUGGGAAGGUGGCGGGGAGGGAGGCGGCGGAGCAGUAG